CCCUGCCGCCCUUGCGCGGCCGCACGUCGCGGUGGGCGGGGCCGUGCCCUCGGCGGGCGGGGCCCGUUGCUGCCCCUAAGGCGCGGGCCGCGGCGGCGGGGGGUCACCAUGGGCAGUAAGAUGGCGGCCGCCACGAGGGUCGUUCAGGUAGUCAAGCCACAUACUCCGUUAAUUAAGUUCCCAGACAGAAAAGGUAGUCCCAGACCUAAAAUACAGGAAUCUCUACAAGCGGGUGUGCCAUCUCUCCAUGCUUCAAAAGCAGAGUCUGUAGGAGGCAGCUCUCUGGGCUUUCAAAAUAUGGCACUUGUUAGUAGAGUAAAAGGUACACCAGACACUUCUGAAUUAGCGAGAACCUUGCCUCAGAAAUACAGAAGGAAACUUAUGUCAGAUGAAGAGAUUGAAUUUAUUCAACGUGGAGGUCCGGAAUAGGUAUGGAAGAUAGUUUGUUGGCCACUGUUGGAAGAAUGAAGUAUUGUAUUCACAAUAAAGGCAUUUCCUUAAUAUUAAAAGUUAUUGUAUACUAAUAGCUUCAAUAAAAACCUGUAUGAAGGGUGAGACGGUUGACACAACACAUUAUGUAUUGAUUUGUGAUUGAAGUAUUUUCUGUUGAUGGCUAACUAGCAACUGAAUGUAUUUGGUGUCCACGCCAUUAAAAUAUUUUUCUAAUUAGCUGCUUGCAAAC